CUGAUAGGGAACAUCUGUGAAUUUUUGAAAAUUAUUUAUCUGCUUUAACAUUAUGCUAACUGUGAACAGAAGCAUGAUUUACAGUCACAUGAUUAAUGAAUUGAAACUAGUAGGAGACAGUGGCCACAGGAUCAUUAAUUGAAUAUAUUUGUAUUUCUCAGUGGAAGGUUAAUUUCGAGACUGAAUAAUGGAUUCCGUUUGUUUGACAUGUACAUGUGCAUAAAUCCGUUGCUCACCGUGAUAUCUUGGUUCGACGUUUGUAUCAAAGUUUCAUUAUGCUUAUCGACUUACAAGGCAGUCGAACAUUGCUAUCAAAUGACACGCUUCACAUUCAAUGAUGCGACGGGUUCUGAAAGGCAAUCUGACACAAAACAGCUGACAACAGCACUGUGGAUUACAGUGAUUGUAUGUGGCUGCGUUGGUUUUGUCUUGCACGUAUGCUUGGUAUUUAUUCAGAGCUGGCGAACACUAUAUCCUCUUAAUGUGGUCACAGUGUCAUUCGCGAUCAUACUAUGGUCUAUAGUCGCUGCUGUAUUCUUCCGUGAAUUAUGCUGGGUAUACAUCCUGAUCGCUUUGCUGUUAACGGCUGUUAUCGGAGUAUCAGCAAUACUUGUCGGUUUCAAAUCGAAACGUUUAACAGAUGCUGGAUAUUUCGUCUUCUUCUUAAUAGGUUUGGUAUUGAUUAUCAUCGGAAUUACAUUCUACAUUUUCUAUCAAUUAUUCGGUUUUCCAUUUCAUAUACUAUAUGGCGUCUUCAUUGCCAUCGGAAUAGCUUUUUUUACAUACUUUUCUGCAGUAUGGUUAAAGUAUUCUGAUGAUAAGUCAAUUAAAUCACCUGCGUUUGCAAUUUACAUAAUAUCGCUCGAGAUGAUGGGACUAUUUCUAACAUUUUCUAACCUAUUCUACUCACAGCAGAUACUCGAUUCAAAAUCCGGGGAAAGAGUAUACUAAGCCAAUAUUGUGCCAAGAGAACCAAUCCUUCAUGAUAAUUGAGUAAAUAAAGGUGUGGUUGUAUACAUCGACUUUUGCCGUAAAGCCAGU